AUGGCGUCGGCGACAAACAACGAGUGGACUUCUGUGCCUUCUCGCAAGGGUAAGAAGUCACGACCUUCACAAGCUCAACCUGUCAGCCAUGGGCACGCCAAUGGUCCCCCACCUGUUUCCCGCGAUCUCACUAUGUCGGACAUCAAACGCGAUUUCGAUACCAAAAGGAAGCAGUGGAAGAAGACAGAAUGUAGGAAGCAACUACUCAAAUUGGUUGAUUGGGUUCUGGAUGCCAGAGGUCCGGGAAGAAUGGAGAAGUUCGUCUGUCUGGGGAGUGGCAGUCUGAGUCGGGAUAACGUAGAAUGUAGGAGAAGGAGUCUGUGGCAGGUUGUAGUGUUUUGGGAUUUGGUGGAGUAUGUGAGAGGGCAGCAAGAGAAGGGAGAAGACGUGGAAGGGGGAGACGGGGUGUGGGUCAGUGAUCCAGCGUAUACGGAACUGGAUCGAGAAUAUUUCAAGACGCUGGGAAUCAAGGUCGUGGAUGUCGACAGAAAUGCGAAGGGAUUGGGCGAGGUGAGGGAAUACCUUGGAGAAGGAACUCUGUUAUUUGAGCCUUUCGUGGACAUGAACGCGGACAUGAUGAGGGAUUUGGUGGAGCGGGAUGUUGGGAUCUAUGUUGGGAGCUCUGCGGGCGGGCUGCAGAAGAGAGGAGGUGAACUGGGUGAGUUGGCGAAGAAGUUUGGCUCGAACAGGACGAUGAGAAGGUUCCCGGUUUUCGAAGUCGACCCGAAUGUCUUUGAUGGGAUGGAAUUAUACUGGAAAGAGGAGUCUGAGGACUGA